AUGGUAAAGAAUAUAUCUUUAUUACAUGUGAGCAGCAACAGACAGAUUACCUUGUGGAAGUCGUCGAUCGAAAGCCCAGCUGCCAUUAACGAUUGUGGACCCAACUUAGAAGACAGGGCUUUAUGUGCAAUUGACCCAUGUGAUGUAAACAAAUGCUACGCAGAGCCUCGCGUCGUUAUUAUAGGUGCGGGCAUGGCCGGCCUGUCAGCCGCGGCUCGUCUCGCGCAACGCGGAAUCAACAACAUUGUGGUGCUGGAAGCGUACGAAAGACCUGGAGGUCGAAUUCACUCGUGUUGGCUCGGAGACAUUGUGGCUGAACUGGGAUCGCACUGGAAGCCAGACAACGCUUUCACACAUCCCAUCUAUACAAUGUCAGCCACCGAAGAUCCACCCCGACCUGGAGUGCCCGGCGCUGAACACACUCGUGGCCUCUUCAACAGAAUAGUUACCGGCAAAAUGCCGUUUCCUCCUACGAUAUCUGCAUACCACAAAUUUCGUCAGAUCGAACAGGAAGCUGCUCAAAUAUACUGCCUCGGUGGUAGUAAACAGGCGGGCUCACUAAUCAAUUUUAUGAGUCUACGGAUUCAACAAGAACUGCACGAGUACCCGGAAGAUCAACAACAUGACGCAGCUAGAAUAAUGUUCGGGCUCUCGCACAUGCUCAGUGCGCGGUGUGGGGAUGACACGGCGAUGUUGUGCGCCGAUCAUAUCGGGUGCUUCAUGAACAUGCCCGGCGGCGAAGUACGUGUACCGCUGGGCUUAGUCGGUAUACUCGCUCCGCUGUUGCGACAAAUACCAGAAGGAGCUAUUCGUUAUUGCAAGCCAGUCAACUGUAUUUACUGGGGAACGUCACAAAAGGAAGGUUACCGAGCCACCGUAUGCACAACGGAUGGGGACGAAUAUCCAUGUGACUACGUUAUAAUAACAGUGUCUCUCGGGGUGUUGAGUGCUAACGCUGUCAAAAUGUUCUGCCCUGCGCUGCCAGCAUCAAAAAUUGACGCCAUGCGAUGUCUUGGCUUUGGCUAUUGCAAUAAAAUUUACAUGGAGUAUUGUCGUCCUUUUUGGUUUUGGCAUAAAGAUCACAUUGGACUUCAGAUCCAUUUUUCUAUGGAGCAUAUUCUUAUGAUUGUUACGGAUCUGAUGGGCAAGCACAGCGAGCUUUGGCGUGCCCACUGCCGGGCCCGAGUGAACCUAUACCUCCAGUGCUGUUGUUUGCUGGAGAAGCGACUGUCCCUGGUCACUACGCUACCGUGUCUGGCGCUCGACUGA